CACCGAUACACAUUGAACAUUGAAAAAAUUUAAUAUUUUCAUUUUAAACAAUAAAAAAACGUGAUGCAAAUUUGACUUAAAAAUAAAGAAGAACAAGAGAUACAUUUAUAUCUCAAUUUAAAAAAAAAGAAAAUUGUGUCAAGAGUGAAAAAUCAAUGUGAAAAUCAUCUUUAAAAAAUCAAAUAUCGUUGAUUUUUGGAUGAGAAGUGAAAAGUUUUUCUCGUCUACUUAUAACUAACCCGGGGGUAUUGACUUAAAGCACAAUAAAAUAAGUCAUCGUUUUAGAAAAUGCUAGAAAAAUGUUUCUACUUUGCGAAAAGUUGAUGUCACGCAUUUGUCUCUUUGUGGCCAUAAUUUUUUUACUGCACCUUAUUUGGAUACCACCACAACCAGUUACAGCAACUUUGGAGGAUGAUGCAAUCGGAAAAUGGGCUGAUAAAUUUGGCGAAGAAUUGUGGGAUCUGGCCAAAAAGAUGACAAAAUCACCAGAAAUUAAAUCUAAAUAUAAAGAAUACAAUGCUCGUGUUGAACAUAAAAACGGUACAGCUCUUAUAAAAUCAAUUGUCAAAAAUGUUGGUCGUAUGUUAUCUCGAAAAAUGGAUGCCGUCAAGUGUAUUCUUCAAAAAGCCGAAGAAGAAGCUGAGAAUUUUGUUUUUAACAAAACAUAUGCUAUGAACGAAUUUCAAUACUACUCGAGUAAAUAUUCCAAAGUUAAUGGACAUCGAGCUUUGGAAUUGAUGGAAACUAUCGAAAAAAAUUCACCAAUGUACUUGAAUAUGACAUUAAAUGAGGAUACACAUUUUUAUAACAUAUUCGUAAAUACAUCACACAGUUCCGUCCAUGUGCCAUCGAAUAUUUAUGAUAAAUAUCCUGAAGUGCUUAAAGCAAUAAUGUGGUCAGAAAAUCUUGAUGCUGUUUUUUUGAACAAUUAUAAAACCGAUCCAGCAUUGUCGUGGCAAUAUUUUGGCUCAGACACUGGAAUUCUACGACAUUAUCCGGCACUUCAAUGGGAACCAGAUAAAAAGACCGACGAUGCUGACAUCUAUGAUUGUCGAAAAAGAUCUUGGUAUAUUGAAACAGCAACUUGCUCUAAGGAUAUUGUAAUUCUUCUGGAUAAUUCCGGAUCAAUGACUGGUUUUCGUAAUCACAUAGCCAAAUUUACAAUACGUAGUGUGUUGGAUACUUUUUCGAAUAAUGACUUUUUUACAAUAUUUAACUAUUCAAAAACAUGCGAUGAUAUUAUACCGUGUUUUAAGGAUGCACUUGUUCAGGCAACACCUGAAAAUAUUGAUGUUUUUAAUAAGGCGAUUGCUAAGAUGGCACCAGAAGGAUAUGCCAAUUUGACAUUAGCUUACGAAAAGGCUUUUCAGCUUUUGAAAAAGUACUACAUAGAAAGACGAUGUAACGAAACAUUAACUUGUAACCAGGCCAUUAUGUUGGUUACUGAUGGUGUCGCCGGAAAUACGACAGAGAUUUUUGAAAAAUAUAAUUGGGGAACGGGAGAGAAUGGAACGGAUAAUAUGAAAAUUCGAAUAUUUACCUAUUUACUGGGCAAGGAAGUGACAAAAGUUAGAGAGAUUCAAUGGAUGGCUUGUCUGAAUCGAGGAUAUUAUUCGCACAUUCAAACACUCGAUGAAGUUCAUGAAGAAGUGCUGAAGUAUGUGGAUGUGAUAGCAACGCCAUUGGUUUUGCAAAAUGUACAACAUCCGCCUACGUGGACACACUCUUUUGCAGAUAAAACGGUUUCAGAUGAUGAGCAACAAAAAAGUGGAAAACAAAGGCUUAUGAUAGCUGUGGGAGUGCCAGCAUUCGAUCGAUCUUGGAGAGAUGCAAAUUCAACAAGACGAGCUAGACUAUUGGGAGUAGCAGGAACUGAUGUACCAGUAGAAGAUAUCGAUAAGCUUACACUUCCUUACAAGCUUGGUGUCAAUGGCUACUCGUUUGUCAUAAGUAACAAUGGCUAUGUCAUUUUUCACCCAGAUCUUCGACCAUCGCAAGAUGGUGUUAUAAAUCCAAAUUACAACAGCAUCGAUUUAACCGAAGUUGAACAUCUCUACGAAGACAAUCAACCACGUCGACCUGGUGAAAAAAUUCUCGAACUUCGUGGAAGUAUGGUUCGAGGUGAAGCUGGGAAAAAAACAGAUAUAACUGUUAAAUUUCACUAUGAUAAAAUGCGGCGGGUUUCCGAAGAGGACCAAGAUUAUUUCUAUGAACCCUUGGUAAAUACUCCAUUCAGCUUGGGACUAGUUGUUCCCAGUACUUAUGGUAAAAGCUGGAUUAAGGUCGGUGAAGAAGUCAAAAAGAAUAUUCACAUGGGCAUAAAUAUCUCGGAUUUCUUUGUCGGGGACAAUUGGAAGAUACAUCCAGAUUGGGUAUAUUGCAAGUAUCACUAUCUUGAGGGUCAUGAAUUCAAAUCGCCCGAAGAGGAAUUCCGUCACUUUUUAUCGAAAAUGGUUCAAAAAGAUUGGAUGUGGUCAGAACAGUAUGAAAAAGAUGCAUCUGAUGAAACAAUUGAUAACAAACCAAAUUGCGGUCGUAUAACUCUCAACGACGACGCUUACUAUUGCAACAAAGAACUUGUCCAAUUGGUCAUAUUCGAGGCCAAAGUUACAAAUUCCAGCUAUGGCGAAUGGAAAUUCAAAGACGACGAAGAGAAGACCCUCAUCGAACGUUAUAAUGCCUCACUGCGUUUUGUUGCCACAAUGAGUGGUCUUACACGAUGGCAAUUCAUCUACGGGGAGGUUGAAGUCGAAACGGAUUUCGAAUUUGGCGACUACCAUACGAGAGCAGUGGAUGAGACAUGGUAUAAAAGUGCCAUACUUCAGCAUAGAAUUGAUCCGGAUAGUUUUGUCUAUUCGGUUCCACAUGCCAACGACCCAUUGGAAGGACCUGAAUUGAAGGUGACUGCCUCACAUGCAAUCUUCCCGCGAGACGGUGGAAUGGAAGCACCAGCUUGUGUGGUGGGAUUUCAGUUUCCACAUGUGAAGAUGUGGGAACGUUUUGCUAAUAUCACUUCCGAGGAGAAUUGCAAUGGGUGUGUUAAGACUUGUAAUGCAGACGAUCAUGAAUGCUAUGUUCUCGACAACAAUGCCUAUGUUCUGAUCUCGCAGAACAACAAUGACACCGGAAGAUUCUUUGGGGAUGUCGAGAGUGGCGUUAUGAAUGUCAUGGUCGAAAUGGAAAUCUUUAAGGCCAUUGAUGUAUAUGAUUACCAGGCGUUAUGUAUGGAAGUCGUUGAAACUUCUAGUGAUGCUCAUUCAUUGCUUCAUCCAAUUCGACUGCUUUCACUUGGUCUUAAAUGGCUUGUAACAGAAAUUUUCUGGCACUGGAGCCGACUUCAAAUGUGGGCCGAGGGGAUGCCAUUCUACGAUGACGACGACAGUGACGAUUAUGACAAUGGCUACAUUGGUCCUCGAAAAACAGCCAAACUUCCUGAAGGCGAUGAAGAUAAAAAGGAAUUCAAAAAACCACCUCCUCCACCAAAAUACGAUCAUUGUGACAAGAAAUCAACUCUGUUCACUCUGCAAGAGAAAAAUAUUGAUUUUAAUAAUUACAUACGAGUGAAUAAUUCAAGACCGUUUCAUUUGAAACGAAUACCUAAGUCCAAUUUAAUCCUGAUUGUGGUUAAGGUUAUGUUUGCAACCGAACACAUACCAAUGACCACAAAACCAACCAGAAUUGAAUAUGAUGUUGAAUUUCCAUGCUAUAAGUUGAAUAUGAGUUUCUUGGAACGACAAAGGAUUGCUGAGUGCUUCACAGAACAUCCUGAUGAACCUGAAUUUACAUAUUGUGGUGAUGCUGCGUCUAUUCGUUUGAAUUUGUUUAAUUUGUUUUCAAGUUUUAUCAUUUUAAUUAUAAUGCGAUACCUCCGACAUCUAGUGGAUUAGAUUUUUGAGAACUUUUCCGUAUCCCACCCUUUGCUGAUUUAUAUAAUAAAUGUACAGUACUUUGUAGCUAGGAAAUUUUGUACCUUUUUAUCUUUCUCCCAUAAAUGGCCAAGAAACUUUUAGAGAUUUGUAAUUUUGAUUUUGUAUGAAAUUUUUUUAGAACUUUUCGAGUAUUAUAUAUUUUCAUCAAUAAUCAAGUCAGCACCUUGAACCCCCUCCUUUUUUAGAAUAUUUUAUAUUUGUUAUCCUAAUGAAUGUGGGUUUUUUAGGAAUAGAAAAGUUUCUGGAAUAAAUGUUGUGUAUCAAAUUUGAUCAAAUUGUAAGCCUGAAGCCUGAAUUAUAGGAGUUAGCAAGAAAGUGAUGUAUUACGACCAAGACCUUUUAUUUUUUUGAAUUGCCUUUGAAAAAUCAAGUUUUUUAACAUUUAAAAAUCCAUUAAAAAAAGUUGAAAUAUUAAAAAUAAGGUGAGGCUACUAGUAGUUAAAAACCAAAGUAAUAAACAGAUAGAUGUAUGAAUGUAUGUAAUUUAAAAA